CAUGACGCACGCCAGCCAGAGCGCGGGCGUCCCCGCCUCUUCCCUUACGUCAUGUCGCGCGCCGGAAGCGGGGCCCAGAGAGGAGGAGGUGCGGCGAGGCCUAGCGAGUUACGAGAGAGGUACCGGAGAGAUGCCUGUGACCGUGGGCCCAUAUGGGCAGUCGCAGCCCAGCUGCUUUGACAGAAUAAAGAUGGGUUUCAUGAUGGGCUUUGCAGUUGGCAUGGCUGCAGGAGCGCUGUUCGGCACAUUUUCCUGUCUCAGGAUUGGCAUGAGAGGACGAGAGCUGAUGGGUGGAGUUGGCAAAACGAUGAUGCAAAGCGGUGGGACGUUUGGGACAUUCAUGGCCAUUGGUAUGGGAAUACGCUGCUAAUCUGGAGUUUGGGAUUUAUCCCAGAGUGCCCCCACCCUGCCAUUCCUCCACUGUACAAUAAUAAAAUCUUUAGAUGCCUGGAA